CCCAAGCGGUUCAGAUCACACUUCCGGCAGCAUUCACUCCCUUAUAACGGCUUAAUGAGGCUAUUAACCCCCUUAACAACCAUAAUACACAAGAGAGCAUCAUCUGUUGAUCGCAUCACUUAUAGUAUGUGAAAUGGAUUCACUGAAGUUAAUGGUGUACGGGUUUUUACGAGGGGUAAGAGACAGCUUUGCCGGGUUCGUGCUCAUCUUCAGGUACGAUGCGGACGCGCCGAAGAAGCCCCGUGCCUCCCCCGUACAGGAGACCAACCUGGCUAAGCGACGAGCGGCCCAGCAAGCCGAGAAGAAGCAGAAACAAGCGUCACAAAAAGAGUUAGUGAGCCUGUGGACGAUCCUACGAGAUCCCUAUGUGCAUGUCAAGGACCACUCUCGCGAGACCAAAGUGACGCACCGCAUCCUACAAUGUUGCGUCCUGAACGGCGCCGUGUUUGGCCUCAGUCUGGUCAUCUUCAACUACAUCCUGUUGCCGGGGCUUAAACAGGUACUUGGACUGUUCCUGGACGAGGGUGCCGGGGCGGUGUGGCAGUACGUGCGGCCGACACUCACCGCCGUCUUCAACAUGCUCUGGGUUCUGCCGCUGUUCGUCCUCUCCAGAAUCAUCAACACAAUAUGGUUCCAGGACAUUGCUGACAGCGCGUACCGUCAGCGCCAGGGACGACCGCAGCUCAUCAGUAGCAUCAGCAAACUUGUGGCUGACGUUCUGAUCUCCAUCUUUAUCCAACUUCUCUUCCUCAUUCAAGCCAACUUGGUGAUGCUGCUGCCUCUGGUGGGCAUAGGGGUGAUACUGAGUGGUGUGCACAUGUGUAUGCUUAAUGCUCUCUAUGCCUUCGAGUACAGAUGGUUCAAUAUGGGCUGGGAGCUAUACAAGAGACUCAGCUUCAUCGAGGAGAACUGGCCGUACUUUAUGGGUUUUGGCCUUCCUCUGGCCAUCAUCACAAUGUACCCGUCAUCAGUAUACACCAGCGGGUGUUUGUUUGCGUUGUUAUUUCCCGUCUUCAUCAUCAGUGCCAACGAGGCUGACCCAGUGCUCAACCCCAAUGGUUACCAGAUGCAGUUGUUCUCUGUUGUUGUCGGUGUGUCCAACCGCAUCAUCCAGACUCUAGUCACAAGACGUCCUCCACAGACCCCCGGCAAGACUCCCCAGCCAUCACCGUACCACUCGGCCGCCACUCGUCCCGCCAGACACUAGGGACGAUGCUUCUGUCUAUCUAGCUCCUCUCACCGGACGUCAGAGAGAGUGUGUUAGAGUGCGUUAUGUUCCCUGGUUUACUCUCGCACACCCUAAGAGGCAUCCCACCCACCUUAGGGACAGUAUUACACACUCACCUAGUACAGUAGUCAUCCCACCAGAGUUUUGGAACAAGAUAUUAUUUCUCGGUUUCCUGGCUGGCAGUGGUUCUAUAUUAGGUAUUUGGAACAAUAAUUUGUACUGCCUGUUAGUUGUCAGGCCAGAUAUUAAGGAAUAAAUACUCCACUCUGUAUUAUGACACUUGUCCAGCCGUCGUCCCACCAGGCGAUGGGUGAAAAUGACUUAUAUCCCCUGACACUUGGCCAGCAAUCACGUGGGACAAAUACGCACCCUUUAGCUGAUAACUCCCUGAUGCUGAGGACAUGGUUUAAUACAGUCUCAGAAUCAAGAACACAGUGUGAACAGUUCAAUCAGUCGCAGAAUCAAGGACAGAGUGAACAGUUCAAUCAGUCUCAGAAUCAAGAACAGAAUGUGAAUGGUUCAAUCAGUCGCAGAAUCAAGGACAGAGUGAACAGUUCAAUCAGUCGCAGAAUCAAGGACAGAGUGAACAGUUCAGUCAGUCGCAGAAUCAAGAACAGAAAGUGAACGGCUCAAUUAGUCUCAGAAUCAAGGACAGAGUGAACGCUUCAAUCAGUUUGAGAAUUAAGAACAGAGUGUGAGCAGUUCAUUCAGUCGCAGAAUCAAGAACAGAGUGAACAGUUCAACCAAUCUCCGAAGCAAGGACAGAGUGUGAACAGUUCAAUCUAUCUGAGAAUCAAGGACAGAGUGAAUGUUUCAAUGUUUCAGAAUCAAGGACAGAGCGUGGACGUACAGUAUCAAUCGGCUACAGCAUUGGUGUACGAAAAACUACCAUUAGAAAUAACACGUGAGAAAUUCAAUCGUACUUAAGUUGUCUAUGAGCAACAAGACUCAGAACACAGGAAAGAUAAUUUAUGUGAAGAUGAACGAUAAAAGAGUUAAAAGUGGUAAUUUACCUUCAUGGGAUCAAAAUAACGAAUGCGUGUAAUGUGAAGCUUUACGAGGAUAUCGAACAAAGUGGCGGAUGUCUCGAACGUACAGUGACGCGACGCAGAGACACAAAUCCUCUCUCUCUGCGUCAAAUAGUGCUCGUGUGAGGAAAACUUUGCGGAAACAUCGAAUCACAAGAGAGAGAGAAAAUGUAAACUAAUUUAUAUUUUAUUAUAUGAUAAACAAUACACCGAGUGAUUUUAUUAAUUUAGUAUGUUACCCUGGUUGAGAUCCGUACCUGUAAAGACAUAGUGCAUGAGAUAGUGACGUAUUAAGUCAUUUACAAGACAAACUUUUGUAAUCAAGAUGGUCAGUGUUGGAGAAGUAAUACAAAGAGCAACACUAAUCAUGUGUGUUCUGUAGAGUAUACAAGAUGAACCUGAUAUAACGUGUUCUUAACAAGUCUGGGAUGAACCUGUAGAUGUUGUCUGAACAAUGAAAUGGCUUAGGCCUCUUUCACACUGGGGGGGGGGGGGCACAUUAGAAAUAAAUGGAAGUUUAUGGGUUUCUGAGUGAAAAAGGUUCCAUUGAAGUCUCCAUUGAUAUUAAGUCAUGCAAUAUGUGGUCACUCGACUUAAAAAUUAAUGAAGUGGAAUGGACAUCUCAUGUAAUGUCUUGCUGAACUCCAUUGAUUUCCAUGUCAGGCAACAAACAAAGAAACGCUCGUGUGAAAGAGGCCGUGGUGUUGCAUUUUGUUGAACGUCUUUUUAACAUUGACCAUUUUGUCACUUUAGAAUGUUGUUAUAUUUUUGGGAUGGAUUUUCUUGUACAAACUCAUUUAUUUUAUCACAAUCACAUUCAGCGUACUGUGUGGACGUGGAGCUGCUACCUGGGCCAUUAUUACUUGUUCACAUCCAGCGAACUGUGUGGCCGUGGAGCUGCUUCCCGCACCAUUAUUACUUGUAGAUCAAUUCUAGGGUAAUUUUUUUAUAGAUAUAUAUUAAAUAAAUGAAUCUU